GAUCACGUGCUGCUGAUAAAGUGACACUGCUUUGAAUUAUAUUUAGCGACUUCAGUAAAUGCCACAUAGGUCCAAUCUCAAACUUAACCCCGUUCCUGCUGAAGAAGAGGAGGUCUGCUGGAUGGAGAAAGAAGCUCUUGUGAAAGAGGAGGAGGAAGAGGAGGCUGUUACAAUACAAAAACAAGUAGAGGGUGAGGCUGUUACCAUGAAAGAAGAAGAGAGAGACGUUUCAGUUAAAGAAGAGGAAGACGAGUUCAGAGUUAAAGAGGAGGGUGACGACGUUUCAGUGAAAGAAGAGGAGGGGGAGGUGACUGUCACAUCGAAAAAUGAAGAAGAGGAGGAAACUGGAUAUCUGGGCCCGGUUUCACAAACUCAUCUUAAGGCAUCCAAUGGUUCUAACGAUGCACGGGCCCUGAUUAACACUAAGAGACCUGACUAUCGUGAAUCCUCUGGGGGGCCUCAACAACCUCAUGAUGCUGACGAGGCAAAGAAAAGUCUCUCCACGUCAAAACACCUCAAGAAACACCAGCAGAGACCCACAGGGAAGAAAUCUCAUUGCUGCUCUGACUGUGGGAAAGGUUGCAAAUCUUCAUCACAACUUAAAAUACACCAGAGAACACACACAGGAGACAAGCCUUAUAGCUGUGGUCAAUGUGGGAGGAGUUUUACUUCAUCUAGCGGUCUGACAUUACACCAGAGAACACACACAGGAGAGAAACGUUAUAGCUGUGGUCAAUGUGGGAGGAGUUUUACUACAUCUAGCGGUCUGACAGUACACCAGAGAACACACACAGGAGAGAAACGUUAUAGCUGUGGUCAAUGUGGGAGGAGUUUUAUGUCAUCUAGCGGUCUGACAUUACACCAGAGAAAACACACAGGAGAGAAACGUUAUAGCUGUGGUCAAUGUGGGAGGAGUUUUACGUCAUCUAGCGGUCUGACAUUACACCAGAGAAAACACACAGGAGAGAAACCUUAUAGCUGUGAUCAAUGUGGGAGGAAUUUUACCACAUCUAGCGGUCUGACAGUACACCAGAGAAAACACACAGGAGAGAAGCCUUAUAGCUGUGAUCAAUGUGGGAGGAGUUUUACUACAUCUAGCGGUCUGACAGUACACCAGAGAACACACACAGGAGAGAAACCUUAUAGCUGUGGUCAAUGUGGGAGGAGUUUUACUACAUCUAGUGGUCUGACAUUACACCAGAGAACACACACUGGAGAGAAACCUUCCAGCUGUGAUCAAUGUGGGAGGAGUUUUGUUCAAGCUAGCCAUCUGACUCAACACCAGAGAACACACACAGGAGAGAAACCUUAUAGCUGUGAUCAAUGUGGUAUGAGUUUUACUGGAUCAAGCAAUCUGAUUCGACACCAGAGAACACACACAGGAGAGAAACCUUAUAGCUGUGAUCAAUGUGGGAGGAGUUUUGUUCAAGCUAGCCAUCUGACUCAACACCAGAGAACACACACAGGAGAGAAACCUUAUAGUUGUGAUCAAUGUGGGAGGAGUUUUGUUCAAGCUAGCCAUCUGACUCAUCACCAGAGAACACACACAGGAGAGAAGCCUUAUAGCUGUGAUCAAUGUGGGAAGAGUUUUCCUACAUCUAGCCAGCUGACUUCACACCAGAGAACACACACUGGAGAGAAACCUUAUAACUGUGAUCAAUGUGGGAUGAGUUUUACUGGAUCAAGCAAUCUGAUUCGACACCAGAGAACACACACAGGAGAGAAACCUUAUAGCUGUGGUCAAUGUGGGAGGAGUUUUACUACAUCUGGCCAGAUGACUUCACACCAGAGAACACACACAGGAGAGAAAUCUCAUAGCUGUGAUCAAUGUGACAAGAGAUACUCUGAUAAAAGAUCUCUGAUCAAACAUCAGAAAUUACAUACAUGAAGAAGUUGUUUCCUGAUAUCAAUGAAAUAAUGUCACAAUGAAAUUGUUUUAACAUUGUAGUAGGAGUAUUUUAAUGACGUCACAAUGUAGAAUGUUUUAAUAUUGUAGUAGGAGUAUUUUAAUGAUGUCACAAUGUAGAAUGUUUUAACAUUGUAGUAGGAGUAUUUUAAUGAUGUUCUACCUUAUCGUCUGCCCUGUUCAAUUGAUUGCAGCAUGAUAUGGAUAUUAGCCUCAGGGGAAAACCAGGCUCUGAAUUGAAAGAGUAUUAUUUAACAAAAAAAAUAGCUGUUUUACACUUACUGUGUUGGUGACCCACUUUAAUCAAAAUGCAGCACUUCAAAAUGUAGCUAGCUGUUUUCUACAAGUUGAAAAAGCUGCUUGUUUAAAAAAAUACAUGUAAUAUGAUAAUUGUUGCAGAUGUUUGUGUAUAAACACACAUGAAAGCAGUAUAAUAAAUUGGUCUAUAAUCAAUUUUA